UUUUCAAGCCCGUUUCGUCGUUCCCAAAACCCUAGCUCUGCUCCUCUCUCUCGCUGCAGGUGGAGGGGAAAAACCACUGACCAAAAUGGGGAAGACUCAUGGUAUGGGAGCUGGGCGCAAGCUGAAAACACACCGUAGGAGACAGAAGUGGGCGGACAAAUCAUACAAGAAAAGCCAUCUUGGUAAUGAGUGGAAGAAACCAUUUGCAGGCUCUUCCCAUGCCAAGGGAAUCUUACUGGAGAAGAUAGGUAUUGAAGCCAAACAACCCAACUCUGCCAUCCGAAAGUGUGCUAGAGUUCAGCUGAUAAAGAAUGGAAAGAAGAUUGCUGCAUUCGUUCCCAAUGAUGGUUGUUUGAAUUACAUCGAGGAAAAUGAUGAGGUUCUGAUUGCCGGAUUCGGGCGAAAGGGUCACGCUGUGGGAGAUAUUCCCGGAGUGAGGUUCAAGGUGGUGAAGGUUUCUGGGGUAUCGCUGUUAGCACUCUUCAAGGAGAAGAAAGAGAAGCCGAGGUCUUAAACUCCUUUCUCUUUUUAUUUCUUAGUUAAUAUGAGUUUAGCAAGCUUACUAACUUUCACCAGAUUGGUAUUUUUGUUUUUCCAUACGCCACCAUUCAGGAAUGAAUUUGUCAGAUAUUUUUCUUUGAGAGUUUUUAUCCAAAAGCUAGACUACUAUGCUGCUGCUCCGUAA